GGCUGGUGUACCACCGGAAGUGGGGAAGUGCGGCAGCCUGACGAGGCCGGCAAGUCUCGGUUCCUUCGUACAGAAAAUAGAAGUUUAAAGUAUCGCUAUGUUGACCAAGUGGAGGAUAUUUGCAAUGAAUCAUCAGAAAAUAUCCAAUAUUCACCUCAAUAUUAUAUGCUGCUGUAAAAUAAGAGCCAGUUUAAAAAGAUCAAAGAUACAUGUGCCUCUUGCAAGAAAUUACAGUUCCCUACCAGGCUUAAUAGGAAAUGAUAUCAAAUCCCUUCAUUCCAUCAUUAAUCCUCCUAUAGCUAAGAUCCGUAAUAUUGGAAUUAUGGCUCAUAUUGAUGCUGGCAAAACUACGACCACAGAAAGAAUCUUGUACUAUUCUGGAUACACACGAUCACUAGGAGAUGUAGAUGAUGGAGACACAGUGACAGAUUUCAUGGCCCAGGAGCGGGAAAGAGGCAUUACUAUUCAGUCAGCUGCUGUCACAUUUGAUUGGAAUGGCUACCGAGUCAAUCUGAUUGACACCCCAGGUCAUGUGGACUUUACCAUGGAGGUUGAACGCUGUUUAAGAGUGUUGGAUGGUGCAGUCGCUGUGUUUGAUGCCUCUGCAGGUGUAGAGGCCCAGACUCUCACAGUGUGGAGGCAAGCUGAUAAACACAAGAUACCUCGAAUCUGCUUUUUAAACAAGAUGGACAAAACUGGAGCAAGCUUUGAAUAUGCAGUUGAAAGCAUUAGAGAGAAGUUAAAGGCAAAGCCUUUGCUUUUACAGUUACCAAUUGGUGAAGCCAAAACUUUCAGAGGAGUGGUAGAUAUAGUAAGAAAAGAAAAGCUUCUUUGGAAUUCUAAUUCAGAAGAUGGAAAGGACUUUGAGAGAAAACCUCUCUCGGAAAUGAGUGAUCCUGAAUUGCUGAAGGAGACAACUGAAGCAAGGAAUGCCUUAAUUGAGCAAAUUGCAGAUUUGGAUGAUGAAUUUGCUGACCUGGUUUUACGAGAAUUUAGUGAAAAUUUUGAUUUGCUACCAGCCGAAAAGCUACAGACUGCGAUACACAGAGUAACACUGGCUCAGGCGGCAGUGCCUGUGCUUUGUGGAAGCGCCCUGAAGAACAAGGGUGUGCAGCCCUUGCUAGAUGCUAUCACAGCGUACCUGCCUUCACCUGAGGAGCGCAACUAUGAAUUUCUGCAGUGGUAUAAGGGUGACUUAUGUGCACUAGCAUUUAAAGUUCUCCAUGACAAGCAGCGAGGACCUCUGGUUCUUUUGCGCAUUUACUCAGGAACACUAAAGCCCCAGUUGGCCAUCCAUAAUGUGAAUAAAAACUGCACGGAGAGAAUGAGUCGUCUGCUUUUGCCAUUUGCUGACCAACAUGUAGAAAUCCCUUCACUGACUGCUGGUAACAUUGCUUUGACUGUUGGGCUUAAACAUACUGCCACUGGAGACACCAUUGUCUCUUCCAAGUCCAGUGUGCUUGCUGCAGCCCGGAGAGCGGAAAGGGAGGGAGGAAAGCAGAACAGACAAAGCAGUGAAGCAGAGAGACUUCUGCUGGCCGGGGUGGAAGUUCCAGAACCUGUGUUCUUCUGUACCAUAGAACCCCCGUCAGUGGCUAAGCAGCCAGAUUUGGAUCAUGCAUUGAAAUGCCUUCAGCGUGAAGAUCCCAGUUUGAAAGUGAGGACAGAUCCUGACUCUGGACAAACCAUUCUCUGUGGUAUGGGGGAGUUACAUAUUGAGAUUAUUCAUGAUAGGAUCAAAAGGGAAUACGGCUUGGAGACCUAUCUAGGACCUCUACAGGUGGCAUACCGAGAAACGAUUCUGAACUCAGUUCGUGUUACAGAUACCUUAGAUAGAACUUUAGGAGACAAGCGGCAUCUUGUAACCAUAGAACUGGAAACACAGCCGGCUGAGGCGCCAUCUGUUGUACCACUAGUUGAGUAUGCUGAAGGUGUCAGUGAAGACCUGUUGAAGGCCUCCCAAGAGGCCAUUGAAAAUGGGGUCCACAGUGCAUGCCUCCAAGGGCCAUUGCUUGGAUCCCCGGUUCAAGAUGUGGCAAUUACUUUACACUCACUGAUAAUUCAUCCUGGUACCUCCCCAACUAUGGUUUCUGCCUGUGUCUCAAGAUGUGUACAAAAGGCUCUGAAGAAAGCUGAAAAGCAACUAUUAGAGCCCCUGAUGAGUCUUGAAAUAACAGUGACUGGAGAUUACCUCAGCCCUGUUUUGGCAGAUCUGGCACAAAGAAGAGGGAACAUUCAGGAAAUCCAGACUCGUCAGGACAACAAAGUUGUUAUUGGAUUUGUUCCUUUAGCAGAGAUGAUGGGUUAUUCAACUGUUCUUCGAACACUAACAUCAGGCUCAGCUACUUUUGCCUUAGAAUUAUCUGCUUAUCAAGCCAUGAGUCCUCAAGAGCAAAAUAUGCUGCUGAGCCAGAGAAGGGGUUCGACCUAGUAUCCGUGGAAAUGAAAAGAUAUUUAGGAGCACCUAUCUACUUCAUUUGCAGUUCUUUAUUUAUUGGACCAAUAAAUUGCUUCUGUAUAUGGAAAGAAUUCUCUGAAAAAUGGAACAUCAGAUGACACUGGAGCUACUUGCUAUAAUAAUAAAAAAUGUGUUUUGUUUACAAUAAAUGUACUGAACCACAGUCCCUUAUGAUGUGAGAAUUUUGAAUAGCUUUUUUCAAGCUUCUCAUAAGAUGCCAGUAUUCUGUAUGUAAUACACGUAGAGAUUCAAUCAAUAAAAAGGUAGUUUAUUCAAAAAA